GCUGAGAUUGCAGCAGUUUCUAUAAAUUUAUGAUUUUAGACUGCUGCAUACGAAGUUUGUCUUGAAUGCAGUCGCGACACUUGAAGAAAUCUCCUCGGGUUAAUAACAUCGGCUAAGUCCUGCUACUUCUGGCGCGUAAACUCGCCUAUACUAUAUCCAUAUAGCGUAAGAAAAAUCAACAUAUAGGCUACUCCAGACCGACGCUUUCCAGCACAAGGCGUGUGCUGCUCCUCGUGACCUUGCUGGUAUGAGUCAACCUGCAACAUGCUACAGCCUUCAUCAGGUUUGAAACCAAACCGAGCCAAGAGAGAUAGCUGAACAUAAGGUGGAACUAUAGUAGAAAAAUUGAUGGAGCUGAGUAAGUGAAACUAUUCUGUCUGCCUACAAAUGAAAACAGCAACACUCUCCUCACAAUGAUGGAAGGACAUAACUGUCAACCAGUUGAAAAAUGGAAGGAAUGUGAUGUCAGCUCUUGGUUGAAGUCCAUAGGAGUGAAAGAGAACUACAUUAAGAAAAUGAAUGAGGAGGAAGUUAGUGGGCAAGUUCUCCUGGGACUAACACAAAACUAUCUAAAAGAAGAAAUUGGAAUGAAAUCAGGGCAGGCUCACUUGAUAAUCCAAAAAAGGAAUGAGCUGAUUGAGUCUUCACGAGUGCAAGAACCUCAAAAAGCCCUAAAAAAGAGAAAAGGUGGAGAUGAGAAGGAGCAGCAAUCAAUAGGCAGUCAUGACACAGAUGCUGGACCAACACAAGUCCCUCCAGAUCCAGAGAAUAAGUCACACCAGGAACAGUCAGUUUGUAAGAGGGACUGUAAACCACGGCCUAUAGGCAAAAAGGGUUCUGAAUGUACAUACUUACAGCACAGUGUACUUCUGCCUGAAUCUGGUGUUUCUGACCUUACCACACCUUGUCAUGAAUACAAAUCGUUCGCCAUAGCAGCUACGUUAUCCCGUCAAAGGCUGCAAGCAAAGUUUGCUAGAGAGGUUUUUAAAUUUGGCUCUGCAUGCAUGAAUAUGCGGUCCAAUGGUACCAUACAUUUUGGGGUGAUGGACAGUAAAGGUGACACUGGCUAUGUACAUGGUGAGGUAAUAGGUGUUCCUGUGAAAGGGAAAGACAUGUAUAUUGAUGCAUUUGAUCACAUUGAAAAAAGUUUCUCAAAGCAGAAUAGUGAACAUGUGCGAAAGUGCAUACAUGAACCAGAGUUUAUAAAGGUUGGGAACUGCACAGAGGAACAUUAUGUCAUAGAAGUUGACAUUGUGCCAGAAAUAAGCAUUGUGAAAAACCGAGUUUACCCUGUCCGUCUACCAAAUUUCAAAGAAGCAUCAAACAAAGUUGAGUUUGAAAAGGAAAUCUUCUAUGAGAGAAUAGGCGCUAAAACAGAACCAGUUAGUGAUCACGAUAUGUUCUACCAACGUAUGAAAGACAGAGAUGCAAGUAGAGAAAAGGCUGAACAGUCUUGUCUGAUCAACACACCGAAUAUCGUGCAAAACCUUGGAAGAAAAUUGGAGAAGUUGGUGACUGGUGGAAAAAAGGUCAUAGACAAAGACCAGUGGUACAUUCUUGUCACUAACAAAUUUGAAAGUGAGCAUUUGAGUUCCAUUGACUUCAUAGUGAACAUGAAGAUAUUCUGUGUCUUUGACUUUGACCCUGAUUCUAACCUGUCUGGAUUAUGCAAGAAAUACCAUGAUCACCAUGCCCCAAACUUGCAUUUCCUGCAUAGUUACAAAAUUUCAAGUGAGAUGAACAUCAGUGCAUUUGCGAGCCAUUUGAACUUGUUUGAACAGGUCAGCUGGAUUUUUUGCAAUGGACGAAAUGGCUACCGUGGAAAUGAAACUCCCUGUGAUGAAAUGACCUGGAUCAAGACUGAAAAGACUCUUCUGAAGGAGGCAGUGUCGGUGAUCUGUAAACAAGUUCUUCCCCCAGGCACCUUUUCAGUGAUUUUUCUUCUCACUUCACCAGUGGAGCUGCCAAUGCUUCACACUUUCUAUGAGUUCUACUCUGAGAUGCAAGGCCAUGAAGACAUCAUUUGCAUUUCGGAAUCUGAAGAAAAUCACACCACAUGGACAGGCUAUGCUCAGAUAUCUUGCAGUCCUGAGACGAUAACCAACAAGAGUGUUGUAGGGAUGAAAAUGAGCCAUGUGAAUGCCACAGUACAACGUGUUCAGCCUCACACUGUGAAUUCCAGGCAUUUACCCACCCACGGUAAUGCAGUGUGUCUGCUUGAAACCACUGAAGAAGAAAGGAUGUCUUCCUUGGAGAUCCUGUGUGUAGACCAGUGUGAUGAUUCCACUGGUGUCUUUGAGGAUGAAAAAGAAAAAGUUGAAAUGCAGUUUUACAGGGGAGGUAAAGUAAGUUGGGUGAAUUUCUGGCUUGCAGAAAACAAAAUGGUUGGGGAGUUUAUCCAAAGGGACACCUAUAAGGAUAUUACCAAUGCCCUGAAUUACACUCCCAGAUGGAGUAAGGACCAAAUGCAUGUCAACAGCAUCAAUAUGUACCACCACCCAGGAAGUGGUGGGAGCACCGUUGCACGACAUGUACUAUGGAACAACAGAAAAGAUCUAAGAUGUGGAGUUGUAAAAGUAUCAUUCCCAGUGACCCGUGUCGCAGAGCAUGCUGUAAAACUGCGUGAAUAUGAGGAAAAAGACCAGCAGAAAUGCCUUCCUGUACUCCUCCUGGUGGAAGACUAUGAAAAUGACUAUCUAGACAGCCUCAGAAAUGAAUUGGAAGUUGCAAUGAAAGUCAAGAAAAUCAAUCAAGGAACAUUGUGUUUUGUUGUUCUGAGCUGCAGACAGUCACAUGACCCAGAAAAAAUGUGCAAGGACUCACCUUUACAGAACUUUCCUGUGACUCACAAAUUAUCCCCAGAUGAAAAAAUACAAUUUGCACAGAAAAUGAUUGAACUUAAAGAACAGCAUCCACCGGAGCACCUCUUGACAUUUGUGUUGAUGAGUAAAGAGUUUGAUAGGGAGUACGUUACCAAAUUUGUGACUGAUUUGCUGGAAGGCAUUGAUCACUCUUCUGUUUCCACUCGCCUCAUUCUGUACGUGGCUUUACUCAACACACAUGUUCAAAACUCUUACCUCACUCAGUCUCAUUGUGAGGUUCUCUUGCUACUGACCAUGCAUGUGAAUGAAACACCGGAAACUCUGAGUAGACGCAAUGACAGAUUCAGAAGGCAUUUGUUUGAGUCAUCGUUAAGUGAACAAGCCAAACUUCUUUUCAUACACUUGAGAAAUGAGAAGACAAACAUCAAAUGUAUACGCAUGAUUCAUCCAUUAGUCGCUGAAGAACUUCUCCAACAGCUUUUAGGGAGCGAUGUGCAGCAGAGCACUGGAGCCAUAGGCCUCCUCCAUGAAGACGUGCUUUUUGAGAACAGUUUUGGAAAAGACGAUUACCACAGAUUUCUGCGGGAUCUUUGCAUGAGGCGCAGCAAGAUCAGUAGAGGUGAUGAAAAGGACAGUUCCUUUUCCCCUCUCAUCGAACAUAUUCUGGAGGCAGAAACCACAGAGAGGGCAGUUGAAGUUCUGCAGGAAGCCUAUGCGCGUUUUGGUGACGAUGCCUUCUUUGCUCAGCAACUUGCUCGACUGCAUUACACACAAAAAAUGUUUGAAAAAGCUGAAUACUGGGCAGAGAUUGCAGAACGAAAAAAACCAAACAAUUCCUUUUUCUUAGACACAAAAGGCCAGGUGUACAAGAGAUGGUUCAAUGCAAAAUGCAAAUUACUUGAAGGCAAGAUUACUGCUGAAGGCACUGUGGGUGCAAUUGCAACAGCACUAAAAGGAAUGCAGUGCUUCAGAGCAUGCCAGACAGCAGCCAACACAGAUCAAGAAACUAUCAACACAGGCUACUUUUCUGAAGUUGAACUUGCAUUUGAUAUUUUGAAGCUCAUUUUGAGUGUGUUUCCCGAUAGAAAGAAAGAGUGUAUGCAGUACCUGCUCUCAGAACACAUUCCAGAAGCUGUAAAACAUCCCUGGAUACAUUUUCACAGCCAACUGAAAAGCAUUCAGAAAAACAUGUGGCAAGCCCUUGAACUGAUAUCUGAAAACCUAGCAUAUUUCCAGACUGCCGCCACUUCAGACCAUGAAACACUCAGCACUGAAAUGAAGAUAAACAAUCCAAUAAGGUGGCUAGCGAAAAGAUCAUCCUGGUAUGGUAAACUUUUUGGAGAGGUACCAUUGCCUAAACUUAACCAAGGUCUGUUGAUGCGCAUGAACAUUUGCAGCCUUGGUGGUGGUAACAUGACUGCCGUCUUUUCACUUUUGUCUGAAAAGAAACGUGCACAGUUAGAACAGAUCAUUGCUGCUUAUCCUGGCAAUAAGCAUAACUUAGAUCAAACUGAAAUUGUGACAUACAUAUCGUCACAGAUUGCCUUAAGUUGUCUUUCUGCAACUUCUUCCAAACUUGUAACACUUCAAGCCCUUCAGGAACUUAGCCGGAGGUUCCAAAAAGAGAGAGGUAAAUAUUUGCCUAAUGUUCUUUUUUUACAAACUCUGCUAUUCUGGCCUGAAGAUGAUGAUAACAACCAUGACAGAGAUGCCAAAUAUGAAAUCAUCAUGGCAGCUGUUGAUGGUCUCAAACAAGGUUACAUCAGCAAAAUGAAAGAUUUACCUUUACCAAAAGUAAAGAGGGUUUUUACUCAUUUCUUUCUUGGCAAAGAAAAAGGACUGAGUAAGAUUGUUCACAAGAGCAAGCUGGAAAUGGUCAACAAACUUCUCUCAAUGUCUGAGAAGAGACAGAAGUGGCUAAGUGGAGAUGUGUGGAAAAUGCCAGAGGUUGAACUUCUGCUGAAACGUGUUCAAGGUUGGACAAAAGAUGGAAAAGUCUACAUUGAGGGUGCUGAAAAGAAGCCAUUCACGAUACAUGCUUUGAAUUCAGAUUCAAUCCCUUAUGAGAAUGAGGAUGUUGAGUUCUAUCUGGGUUUUACUUUCCAAGGGCCAGUUGCUCAUGGCAUUACAAUCAGCAGGAGUAGCAAGGCAAGGUCCAGUGGUAAUCAAACCUUUUCCUGAAGAUAUACCAUCCUGCAGGUUUGCAUUUCAACCAUAAUUUGACCUGCAUGACUACUAAGUGGCAGCUCAAUCUCUAGCUGUUGAAUGAGGUGUGCUUUGCUAAGGUUAGUGUAAAAAGGUACAGGAUGGUAGAUCUCCAGGAACAGGGUUGGUUACCAUUUCUUUAUUCAAUCGAACACCUACAGCCUGCCUGCGCAAGAGGUAUACUCACUGCUCACCUGCUUUUUGAAGGGGGCAUGGGAAAUGUGUUUUUCUUUAAUUAUUUUUGAAUUCUUGCACUUGGUCACAAAUGUUACAUUGUAGUGCUUUUAAUUUCCAAGAGUUAAUUGAUUUUGUAAUCUGUUAACGUUGAGGUAGCAGCACAAUGAUUUUACUAUAGCCUUACUUGUUGUUAACAUUUAACUAGAAUGCAUACAUUAACCCUCCUAUUAUGUUUGGGGUCAAUUUGGGGUCACAACUCUUAAAAACCAAUUAAUCUUUUUUUUCCAUCUUGAUACUGUAUCAUUUUUUAUGUUCCAUUUUGGUGGGAUUAAAUAGUAAACAUGCAAUGAACAUAAUUCAUUGUUUUCCGAAGUCCUGUUCCAACAAGUGCAUGUGUUGUAUGGGCUUAUUUUGUAUACAUUUGUAUAUAAAAACUGUAUAAAAUGUCUGUAUAGAAACAAUACGAUUUUUCACAUACAGGUGCCAAUCUUUUACUUCCUGUACCUCAGGCACUAAAAUGAGAUGUUUCUCACAGAUUUGUAAGAUUUAUGGAUAAAAGGCUAGUAAUUUGUGAAGAGUUACAGAAGCAUCUUCUCUGCUCAAGUAAAAAUUUCCGCAAGCCUAUUAUUUAACCUACACUCACUGAGCACUUUAUUACACCUACUUAUUAAUGCUAUUAUCUAAUUAGCCAAUUGUGUGGCAUUAGUGCAAUGCAUCAGAUACAUAAUCAUGUAGAUAUGGAUCAGGAGCUUCAGUUAAUGUUUGCAUCAACCAUCAGAAUGGGGAAAAAAUGUGACCAUGGAAUGAUUGUUGGUGGAAGACAUGAUGGUUUGAGUAUCUUAGAAACUGCUGAUCUCCUUGGAUUUUCACGCAUACUAGUCUCUAGUUUGAAAAAAAUGGUGAAAAAUUUAAAUUCCAGUGAGCAGCAGUUCUGCAGACAGAAAUGUCUUGUUAAUGAGAGAUGUCAGAGGAGAAUGGCCAGACUGGUCAAAGCUGACAAGAUGGUGACAGUAACGCAAAUAACCACACAAUACCAGAGUGGUAUGCAGAAGAGCAUCUCUGAACACGAGAUGCAUCAUAACUCUUAAGUGGAUAGGCUACAGCAGUAGAAGUCAUAUUUUAUUUAUAAA